GAACGCCGGGAGGGGUUUCCGCAGAGUCCGCGCCUAGGCUGAAAUCAUGGAGGGAGCCAGCUCUGGUUUCCGGAAGGAGCUGGUGAGCAGACUGUUGCACCUGCACUUCAGGGAUGGCAAGACCAAAGUCAGCGGGGACGCACUGCAGCUCAUGGGGGAGCUGCUGAAGAUCUUCGUCAUGGAAGCUGCUGUCCGUGGAGUCCGACAGGCCCAGGCAGAGGAUGUGACCAUUGUGGACUUGGACCAGCUGGAGAAGGUGCUUCCUCAGCUGCUCCUGGACUUCUAGAAUGCCCUCUCCUGGAGACCAUCCCUACCCCAGGGUUGCUUCCCCGCCAAUGUGCCUCCUGUCUUCUGUGGCUUGAGGGUUCUGGUGUGGGUUCACACCAGCAUCACCAUCUGUUCCCAGUGUUCUCCAGCCUCCAGGCAACCCUUGCCUUUCCUGGUGUCCUCUCUGCUCAUGGCUUACAGGCCCCUUGGAAUCUGAGUGAGGCAGGUGCGGGGGAAAGGUGGACUGGUCUGCCGCCAGCUGCAGCCACCCUGGGUAGCCUGUGUGUUUUACAAACAAACCAGCUGUUGGCAGCAUUGCCUUCUGGCCACCCGACAUCAAAGCUGAUGUGCAGCCUUUUAGCCACCUGAACCUCCCCUCAGAGGAUGCCUCCCUGAGCUAUAAAUUUGUUCUUACAAAGUGACAUCAAUAAAUCAACACUGUCUCUCCCAG